CGGGGCCACUUUCCCGCCAGCACCGGGCAGUCGGUGAGCUGAGCACGGGCGGCCUCCAGCGGGAGGGGAGGGGAGGGGAGGCGGGGGCUGCAAGGGUCUCCGUUGCACCUUUUCCCCCCGGCGGACAGACGGAGAUCCGGGGCGGGGGAUCCGCACGUGGGAAGGGAGGAGGCUAGGAAUCCUUUGCACGUGCAUUGAAUUCAGCACGUGAAACUCCCGGGUGGGUUUGCACGUGGGAAGAGGUCCGGCGCUGAUUCUGUGUCCCGACCGUGCAGGAGGCAGCUCCGUCUGGACAGCCAGGAGGACCCCUCGCCGCUGGAAGGGCCGGAGCUCCUUUGCCCCGAUCGGCUCGCUCUCUGCGCCGCCGGCUCCAUGGCCAGGCACAGCCGGCUGCAACGCGAGGUGCUCGGCCUCUACCGGCAGUUCCUCCGCGCCUGCCGAGGCAAGCCGGGCUUCCUGCCGCGGGUGCAGGCCGAGUUCCGCCGGGCUGCCCGCAUCCCCCGCACCGACGUGCUGCUCAUCGAGUACCUGCUGCGCCGCGGGCAGAGGCAGCUGGCGCAGCUCCGGGAAGGCCACGCCACGGGGAUGGGCCUCUUCGCCCCGGGGAGGCCAAAGCAGCAGCAGGAGAAGGACAAAGAGGACGCGCAAUCCUGAACGGAGGAUCGCUCUCUUGGUUGCCGCGCAGCGAUGCCCGCUGGCGGCAGGAAACCCGGAGGAGCGGACGCUGGGUGGGUGGGUGGGAGGAAAGGUCCCCCUGUUUUGCAAGAGCGCCCGCGAACUGAGAAGCAGCUGCUCUCUCCGGAGUUGUGGCGGUUGUGUGCAUUUGAAGCUGGGAUUUGCAGCUGAGGCUUUUCGGGAGAAGAUGGCGCAGCUCCUCGUUGCGCCCACCCGUCUUUCGUGGGAGGGGGACAGCCGUCACGUCUGCACGAGACCCCCCCGGCAAGCUUCCCCUUGGCAUUCUGGCCCUGAUGUUGUCCUAAGGGCCCCUCCUGCAAGGAAUCCCUUCCAGACCGUCGUGGAAACGGACAUGGGUUGGUUUGGGGUCAACCUUCCUCCGCCUGGAACUUUGGAGACAGCAGGAAAGAAGUUUUGAACAUAAAGAGGCUUCCCCCCCCCCCUUAAAACACUCCAGGAGAAAUACUAUUGAACCUUCUCCUUUGACAAUGCUGAGUAACAACUCUUUGACCUGGAUUUUGUUUUUGUUUGGUUUAACACCUUUCCCUGUAUUUAUUAAUUGCCUUCUAUUGUUAUUUUGUGAAGGGAAUGGAGGCUUUUGAACAAAAAACAAAACUCCCGUUGCUAAUGUGUAUGCAGUACUUAUUCUGGUUGUGUUUUGGAUUGCAGUCUGUUAUAAAGGAACAUUCUAAAAC